AUGGAGGAUUCAUGGGAGCUUGUCACGGUUCCGUCGGAAAUUCAGCGCUCAACUGUUGGCAAGCAAUCCCCUUCAGAUGGCUCUGAGACGUCACUUGAAAAGAACGAAGAAAAUAGCAAGUCUAAGGUAUGUGAAAAAACUCGAAAUGUAGGAAAGCAGUUUUAUGAUCCGAGCUCUCAUCGUUUUGAGAUUUCCAAAUGAACAGGCGAUGGGUGACCUGAUUAAUUUUUUUGACAAGUCGAUUAUUCUCAGCUAAACCAUGACUUGACUGCUUCGAUCGUGGACUUGUCAGCGAUAGUUAUUUAUUAAAUGAGUAAAUUAUUUAUGCCAUGCAUGAAAUGACUAGUAUCUUGGUGGAAUUAAUACAUACGUGUUUCAUUUUCCACGGAUGAUCUGUUUGUUUUGAACAGGAAAUUCAAGGUGGACAAUAUUCAAGGGCAUUGUUGACCAUUGUUUGUAGCUGAUGAUGUAGUUGAUUUACUGAAACAGCUAUUUGAUCCGAUCACGAUCGUUGAUACAUGUAACUUGGUUUAGGUUCACUUUUUUCUGAAACCUCAGUAUUAGUAUAACUGUUGGGCAGCUGCGCAUAUUCAUGUCAUCUUCUUGUUUUAUGGUUACCAGAUACCUUGUGUCUCGCUCUGUGCAAGUGAUGCAACGUGUUGCAGUUAAACUGCAGAUACACGCAUAAGCCCUCUGGACAAUCAUAUAAAAAGCCUCUUAAGUUAGCCAGUUUUUGCGGGCGACAAGAGAAGCCUGGAAUCCUAAUCUCCAGGUUGUUGUUACGCCUGUGUCGCAUGUAUGUAGCCAGCAAUCGUUUGGUCUUCCACUGAAAAUGUAUGGAAUGCACUGAACAUACUUUGAUCACGCGCAUUUGGACCGUCUGUCACUCGUAAUCUGAUCACGCAUGUUUUGACCAUCUGUCACAUGAAUAUUACGCAAAGCACAGCGCUAGAGCAAAAGUGUUUUGACCUUCGAUCAUUGUCGCCUGCACUCCUUAACCUUUGGUUAAUAGGAGUAUAAUUUGAUGUGGGGUUUAGGCACAGUUUAACCAGAACAUGCUAUAUAUCACUUGCAUGUGAUGCACCCCUUAGGGUAUCCAGUAAUCUUUAAUCAAAAUUAGAACACUACCAGUUUCAUGUAAUGUUUUUUCUACUUUGAUUACAGAAAGUUUCCAGUGCAAGUCCAAAACUCUGUGGGUUUUUAAACAAACUUGGAGGUAAGAAAAAUUGGGCUCAAUAUUGUAUAUUUUUAGCUGUAACAGGUCCAUAGGGAGAGGGGUGCAACAGGUGUGCUCACACCACCGCCCCCCCACCUCCUAUAGGUCCCAAAAGUCUACUUUUGUUGAUCAGAGAUUUAAAACAAAGUGAAUUGAUAAUAUUUUUCAAUUUUAAGUUAUUGCACCUUGCACCUUGCACCUAUCCUGUAGACAUCAGGUGACCAUUGGAGCGCCACGGACACAGCAACCCUCUCCCCCUUAGGCAUCAAACGUACCUCACUAAUCUCUGACAGUAACUCAGUAUUAAGUAAAUUACUCAUGGUUACUCAGUUAUUAUUAUUAUUAUUUUUGUUUUUACCAAGCCAAGGGAAUUAAGACUUGGAAAACAAGAUGGCAAGUAUAUCAUUUUUUGUGUAUUAAUAUAAUAUGUGAACUGUAAUGAUAUUAAUAUUCUAGUUGUCUAUCGAUAUAAUUUUGUUUUGAUUCUUCAAUACUACCGCUGCUGUCCAAGAACCAUGUUUGAUUUUAUAAUAAUUGUCUCUGUAUUAUUUUCCUGAAAUAAAGAACCCAUGCUGUACAUUGCAAAAGCAUCCUCCCUUUAAGAAGAGUACCAUGCAUCUGCUUGGCCACAAUUAACUGCUGACCUUCCCCUCUCAUCAGUUUCUUGGAUUGGGCCUGGGGACAAUGCAAUUGGUUGCUUUUUUAAAAAAUGCCUUAUUGUGGACAACCAGUCAAAGUUUCAGUUUCAGUUUAUUUAUUAGCCAGAAAAAAAAAAUUAUGCACAGUUAUUCAAUUUGUUACAAAAAUGAUAGUUAAUGUCUCUGCUCCGUUAUGAUGCAUGCUAAACGCGAAGUGACUUAAUUAUAAAACAAAUAAUGACAAGUUGGCGAUAAUGGGGCAGCACUGCCUUGCGCUAGGUUAGCCUGUGCGACUUCCGGCGAUGGCAUGGGCAAAGAACCUCACUUAUCUCCCCAGCACUACGAGCUGAAUGUAAUACAGCAUGUGCUGGAUCGGACAAGAGUAUUGGUGAGCAAAGAACCUCACUUAUCUCCCCAGCACUACGAGCUGAAUGCAAUACAGCACGUGCUGGAUCGGACAAGAGUAUUGGUUUGCAGGCGAUGUUAAACGGCAAUGCGGCCCAACAAGCUUGGGGGAAGUCGCUGCGCAGACUUAACCGCCACUGAUGCAUGCCAGGCAAUGCAUCCCCCUAGUAUACUGAGCGCUUAAACCUUGCUGAACACUGGAACCCAAGUGAACUCUGAACAGUUGUACUAGGCUUUUAUAGCUAGACGCAUGUCUGCUGGCAUAGCCAGUAGCAAAGGCUGUAUUAUAAGACAGCUCAGAGUUGCAUGUGCAGACUCUUAGCCAUGAAUAGUGCUUUGAAAAUAAUGGCCAAUGCUGUGGCUCGUACUAGCCUGCUUAAGACAACAAGGCCGGAAGUUCUACGCUAGAAUACAAUGCAUCUUAGAGUUCACUGACCUUGGCAGCUUGACUACACAAUUGCUUUGUUGAAAAAGAGCCGCCAUGAAUGGGUUAUUGAUAACUAGCGUCACGUUCCAUUAACUACAUUUUACUGGCGUGACAGUAAAAUUGCUUUUAAAAUUAAUAAUGACAGAAAUUGCAUAAGGGGGAGAAUUGGAGAUAUUUUUCUGGCAAGGAAUCGAAGUUUAAAUGAAACCGUGGGGGCUUAUUACAUGAACUCCCUCUCUAACCCAAGUAGGAUAAAAAGCACGCAAAUUGACAAAACACACUAAACUGAAAAAAGCAGCAAAAAACAAGCAUUAUUUACAAGUGGUGAAUCAGCUAAGGAGAAAUGUUUUAAAUCUGGAUUUAAGAAGAGAGAUUGUAGCAGCACUGUUUAUAUUGUGAUUUAGAGAAUUGAAAAAUUUGGGACCCUGAAAUCUUAUGCCAAAAAGUCAUAUUUGUUUGUGCAGGAAAUAAGUAGAAAGUAUUUAAAUUUCUGGUAUUAUAAAUAUGAACUUGAUUUGUCAUUAAAAACAUUUCUUUGAAUACAUUAAGGUUGCUUUUGUGCAUGCAUGGCAUGUACGUAGCCAGCUUUCAAUUGGACUGCCACCAAGGAUGAAUUAAUGGAAUUAAUGCUCAGAAUGCAAUUUUCUUAUCACAUGCAUUUGGACCUUCAUGCGCGUUUUGACCCUCUAUUAUUAUUUUUAUGUAGAAACGUUUGCAAAGCACAGCAUAAUAAUUGAAGCCAGAACACUUGUAUGACCUUUGACUGAUUUUGCCUGCACUCUGAACCUUUGAUUGUUGAUAGUUCUAAGAAGAAAUGCCACUGAUAAAUAGGAUUAUACUAUUUUUGCUUCUGUAGAUAUGAUCACAGGCAAGAAAAAAUACAUGUUUUACAAUUUUCUCAUUUGAUACAUGUAUGUACAGUCGACUCACUCUUAAUGGACAUCCCUAUAAGAUGGACACCUCUGUAAACUUGCCAUGAGCACCACAGUUGAUGCCUGCCUUUCUUUACUGCUUUAUUUGAGUCUCUGUAAGACAGACACCUUUGUAAAAUGGACACCUGGAGUUGGUCCCUGCCUUUCUUUAUUCCCUUUAUUUGACUCUCUAUAAGAUGGACACCUCUAUAGGAUGGACACUUAGUGCCAGUCCCCAAGGCGUCCGUCUUAUAAAGAGUUAACUAUAUCCUUUGUCCUAUCUUUCAGGUUUGUGUAUGAUGAGAGAAAGUGCAGACUGUAUUAUUACAGAACUCCUCAGGAUUUUACACCACUGGGGUGAGAUGUGGAGCACACGGUUGUUUUCUAAGAAAAAUUGAACAGCGCCCAUUUUAAUACUCUAAACUUGAUACUGAACCCAGAGUAUCCAGCAUACGUAUGAAAAAAUAAGAUAUUCCUGUCACCCAGGAGCUAAAGCUAGGCACCAGGGGCCAACGGGCACGCAGCCAGACCACAGCCUUGGAGCAGUUGUGGUAGUUUUAAAAAGUUAACGCAAAUUCAUGACUGAUCCCUCAGAGAUCUAGUUUCCCUUGGGACCAUUAUUAUGUAUUAUUAUUGACUUAUUAUAAAUUGAUUGACAUGCAUGUUGUUAUUGAACUCAUUGCCAGUAGAUGAGCUUGGGAUCUGCAAUGCCUUAAAAGUUAGUUGAGUAGGGUCUAAAAUAACUCAUGCAUAGCAGGGAGGUAUCCAUAGCAACCCCACAAGCAGGAACCACUUCUACAGCAGCCACUAAGUCUAACAGACACUGGUCAUCACACUGGAACCUGAUCCAGUGGAAAAGACUUAAUUAUCUACACAGACAGACCAGCCUUGGGGAAAUGGGAGGGUGUGGCCAAAGGAAUCCACAAAAAUUGUCAGAAGAUGAGGUAGAAGGGAUCCGUAAUGAUCUGCAACAGAAGCAAAACUGAGGCAAUAUGGCCGGAUGGUAAAAAGUCCUGCAAUAUUAAGGGGCGCCACUGCAGAACAUGUGCUUGAGAUAGUAAAGCUGCUGGUUGCAUUGGCUCAAGUUUAAGCUUUCCUAAAAUAAAUUUAGCCUCAUUAAAAUAAUACGCACUGUUUAUUUAUCUCCAGACUCAUUGAUUUGGCUAAAGCAUCAUUCUCGUUUGAAGUUGAAGAUGCCAGUAGAUUAACACAGUUCCAGAUUUGGUAUGUAGGUUUUCCUUGGCUUUGAUUAUUUAAAAUUACAUUCUUUAACUAAAAGUGGUAUCAGCGUCUGAUAGCCCGAGGCUAGUGAACUAUUGGACUAGUGAAUUCUUUUCCUAAAUUGCUAAAUGAGCAAGUGAAGUCUUUUACGGGAAAUUCAAAUAAAGAACUGUAAUCGUUCCUGGAAGUAUUUUUUUUUGCUUUUUACGGGCUGGUUAAAAAGUCUUUCUAGCUAUAAGUAAGUGCUAGCUACAGCAUGCCCGAAGGAAGAGCGGUUGUACAUGUAACACUGACUUUUUUUUGCAUCCUGGGGUAUUCAGAUUUGUGUACCAGGGCAUUUAUGUAUGAACCAAAAACUCAUGAGUUUUUUAAAACGUGGUAAAAUUUGGUAAAGACAUUGAACAACAGUGAUGAUAGCAUCCAUGAAUUUUGAGUCAGCUGACUUGGAUGGCGGAAUGGCAAAUUGAGCACUAAAAAUCAGGUUCUAUCCUUUCUGGGGAUGGUCCUUUCAUGUUCUUAUUUGACAUUGCGAUGUCUUUGGUUAUCUACCUACUAUACACUAUUUGUCCUUUUUCUGUGGACUGAAGGCAAAUUGAUAACUUGGUUGUUCCUUCUACUCAGUGUAAAUUGUUUGUUUGUUUGCCUUCUCAGUACGUCUGGGAGGACAUAUCAACUGCAAGCCAAAGAUAAACAGACAAUGAUGUUUUGGCUUCAGGAACUUCAGGUAAUGGUUUUAACACUUUUUUUUCUCUUCUUGGGCAUUUAGCAGCCUUCAUUUCCGUGUGAAAAACUUAUGUGAAAGAUUUAGGACCUUUAAAUUAAAUAAAAGGAAUGGUAGGAUGGUAGUGGAAUAAGAUUUUCAUGGGAAUUUUUGGUGCAAUGUUACAUGGUUUCUGGUACGAUUUGAAAGAUCUCGUCGCUCGGCACAAGCUACAAUACUCGUCACAAAUCGUUGAAACAGACACCAUUUCUCUCGAAUUUUCUGGAAAACUCCUGAGAUUUAUACUUCACACUGUUUUUCUCACUGACAUGUGCCUUCUCCACCCCAAUGUUGAGCCACGCGUAUUUUGAAGCACUGAGACCACUGUGAUACCCAAAUCAACAUUGGGGAAGAGGAAAGAGACACAAGUAUUUCAAGAUUUUUGACGAGUAUUGUAGCUGACAGAGUUGUCCUUGAUCGUUAAAACUGAUGACGUCACAAGUGGUAGAAGGGACAUGGAUCCGCACGGGCGGUUACAAACGGUUCCGGGGCGAAUGGGUUAAAAGUAAACGAGUUUUUAAGUCCUAAGAAACUUUGUUAUAUUGGGGGUCCGUUCUACUGAACCAGAGCUUAUCUAUUUUUUCCCUUUUUCCUUACUUUGUCUUGGGGACUACUACAUUCAAGUAGCUUUUAUAAAUCUAGCUUACCAUGCCGACUUUCCUCGGGGUUCUUCACGCGUUGUGGAGGAUUGCAUGACGAGCCAAAAGAGCGUUUGCAUGGGAGGCUGUUAUAAAUUACUUUCAGAUUUUUUUUAAUAUUUGCUUUCAGGCAAGACGAAGAGAAUUCAGCAGAAAGAGAGCAAACAAUGUUGUUCAAAAUAAGGGAGACAUAGCCGCUUUAGGGGUAAUAUCAUUGUCAAGAAUAAAUACAGUUGUAAAUGUCAAAGUUAAACAAUCAGUAUUGAACUACUUAAAACAAGAACCAGUCCUUACUGAACAUUGGCGUAAAUAAUCUACCCAUUCAGUAAGUCAUUUAUAAGUUUGAAGUUUUCGAAAGAUAAACUUGUAAUAAUUUUGCUCUUUGAGCAAGGGUUUGAAGAUGAAAAUCUGUGUGGGCAUCAAAAUGCCAGCCGGAGUUAGGUAGCUUGCGAAUACAGCCGUACCUCCUCGCUCCUCGCGGCGUGAGAGAUUUUACGUUAGCAAAACGUUCCUAGCAGGUAGAAGCGAGAAGAGAAGGCUGUAUUUGCAGGCAAGGAGUUAUUUUUCAGUGUGAUCAUUAUUUUUUGUCAACUUAUUGUCAUGUACAGAAGAACAGCUCAGAAUUGUAACCUACAGUUGUUUAGAUUUUUUUUUUGACAGUCGUGUAUUUUUUACCCUGUCGCCUUCCUCUUUCCCGACUUAUCUAGAAAAGAUCGAAGCGAGUCUGCUAGCAGGGUAUGUAUUUUUAGCUGUUUUUAAAAAAUUAAUCUAAUGAUUGAUUUAUUUUAAGCAAUCAACAUGUGGUCUAUUAGCUGAAGAGGAGGAAACAACUGAGGAAAAGAACGCAGGUAUGUAACAUUCAUUUCAAACCUUUUCCAUUAAUGAGUUAAAACCAUAUGGUUCUUUGGUGUUAUAUUUUGCGGAAGUUCAAUUUUGGGGAUGAUUGUUGAUAUAUUUUGUGUCUAGCAUCUCGUCCAAAAGGGAGAAGCAAUACUUAUAGGUCAGGGCUGUCACUAAAGGUGAAGACUGGGGAUAUUUCCUGGCCUGUUACACGCAUAACCCCACCACAGGGGCAUACAGUGUACCUACUUGUGCGAACGCCGCUACGCAUGUUCAUUUGUGAAGAAAUGUUGAAGAUAAAUAAAACCCCCACCUCACACCCUCUCCCCCCACCCGCUGCCCACUGCCAUUACCCUCCACUUCCAACAGUCUCAUCAUCAUCAUCAUCAUCAUCAUCAUCAUCAACAGGGUCCGAAAUUAACUUUUUAAUAUGGGCGCCAACUG